ACCCUGCACCCUCACCAUUCGGAACUGACCGAACCGAGUCUAAAUGGAGCUGAACGGUUGGGGUGGCGGUGUUUUCCAAGGCCAGGCUCACAGUGCCGCGGUAACUAAGUGGCCGACUCCCCCAGACCAGGACCAAAGGAAAUUGGAGUUCCCCUUAGCUUCCUGGCCCCUUUCUCCGUGGCAUCUGCCAGUGGAACCAGACAGGAGGGGAACGGGAGACUGAAAAUUCAGAAUUUGGGGGAGGGUUGUGGGAAGGGCCUUUCCCAGGACAGCAGGGCCCACACCCCCGUCUUUCCUCGGGGGUGCCAUCCCUUCUCUGGGGGUGCACUGAGUCCGAAGAGAGGCCGCUGGCAGGGGAGGGGGCACUGUCACCAGUCUUCUUGAUUGGGAGGGCGCAUCUCCGUCCCCAAGGCCCCCUCCCCCCAGGGCCUCCCGUCUCUUCCAAGCACUCCAGUCUGGCUGCGGGGAGCCCUAAGGGGACCCAGACGGCCCUUCCCCCUCUGGAAGUGGCUUCCCCCAAAGUGGCCUGUAAACUGAUUAUGAAACAUACGCUGUUAAUUCGGAGCUGCGUUUCCCAGCUGGGCCCUCGCGCACUCCCCGGGGCCUGGCCCCCACCCUGCCCUGCCUCCCGCGUCCUGCCCCCACCCACCCGGCGCGGCCACCCCGCCUCCUCCCCAGCCGCCGGCGCGCUCCGCUCGCCUCCGCGCCGCUCGCCCAUGGAAUUAAUUCCGGCUCCACUUGUUGCUCGGCCCAGGUCGGGGAGAGGACGAGGGGUGGCGGCGGGUUCCUGGGUGAAUUCCCGAGGAGGGACGAGCCCGGCGCGACCUGCAGGGGCGCGAGGGGGUGCGGGACGCCCGGGAGCACGAAGGCGGCCGCGCCUGGCACCGGCGCUUUGACUCAAGAGCACUGAGACAUGUUUGUAAUCGCUGGCGUGCCCCGCGCGCAGGAUCCCAGCGAAAUCAGAUUUCCUGAAGUCGAUUGGAAUAUUAAGCCCAGGAGUUGCUUUGCGGACGGCUGGAAGUGCAAUGUCUCCCAAGUUCUUCCUCAUGGCCUUGGCCAUAUUUUACUCCUUCGCCCAGGUUGUAAUAGAAGCCAAUUCUUGGUGGUCGCUAGGGAUGAAUAACCCUGUUCAGAUGUCAGAAGUAUAUAUCAUAGGAGCACAGCCUCUGUGCAGCCAACUGGCAGGACUUUCUCAAGGACAGAAGAAACUCUGCCACUUGUAUCAGGACCACAUGCAGUAUAUCGGGGAAGGCGCGAAGACAGGCAUCAAGGAGUGUCAGUACCAGUUCCGGCACCGCAGGUGGAACUGCAGCACCGUGGAUAAUACCUCCGUCUUUGGCAGGGUCAUGCAGAUAGGCAGCCGCGAGACGGCCUUCACGUACGCGGUGAGCGCCGCGGGGGUGGUCAACGCCAUGAGCCGCGCCUGCCGCGAGGGCGAGCUGUCCACCUGCGGCUGCAGCCGCGCCGCGCGCCCCAAGGACCUGCCGCGCGACUGGCUGUGGGGCGGCUGCGGCGACAACAUCGACUACGGCUACCGCUUCGCCAAGGAGUUCGUGGACGCGCGCGAGCGGGAGCGCAUCCACGCCAAGGGCUCGUACGAGAGCGCGCGCAUCCUCAUGAACCUGCACAACAACGAGGCCGGCCGCCGGACGGUGUACAACCUGGCCGACGUGGCCUGCAAGUGCCACGGGGUGUCCGGCUCGUGCAGCCUCAAGACGUGCUGGCUGCAGCUGGCCGACUUCCGCAAGGUGGGCGACGCCCUGAAGGAGAAGUACGACAGCGCGGCGGCCAUGCGGCUCAACAGCCGGGGCAAGCUGGUGCAGGUCAACAGCCGCUUCAACUCGCCCACCACGCAGGACCUGGUCUACAUUGACCCCAGCCCCGACUAUUGCGUGCGCAACGAGAGCACCGGCUCGCUGGGCACGCAGGGCCGCCUGUGCAACAAGACGUCCGAGGGCAUGGACGGCUGCGAGCUCAUGUGCUGCGGCCGCGGCUACGACCAGUUCAAGACCGUGCAGACCGAGCGCUGCCACUGCAAGUUCCACUGGUGCUGCUAUGUCAAGUGCAGGAAGUGCACGGCGGUCGUGGACCAGUUCGUGUGCAAAUAGCGGGCACCUGCCUGCCACCCGGCCCCACUCCCAGGACCCACUUAUUUAUAGAAAGUUCAGUGAUUCUGGUUGGUUUUUUUUUUUUUAAUAUUUUGGUUUUCCCCAAGAAUUGCAACCCGAACCAUUUUCCCCCCGAGUCCCGUCUAAGAACUCUGUGGUUUAUUAUUAAUAAUAUAAUUAUUAUUUGGCAAGAAAGGGGUUUGGGAACCAAGAAAGAUAUUUAUUUUGUGGAUCUUUGAAAAGGUAAGACAAGACGACUUUUGAUGGUAGAGGAGGAGAGGGAAUAACAUACUCUUAACUUGGUUGUGUGCACAUCGAGGAAGUAAAAUAUGUUUUCUUUUCCUCAACUGUGGGGUCAUAUGGACAGGUAGCAACCAACUGGAAGAAGGUGGUGCAAACCUAUGCGUGAUUCAGCGUCUGAGACCAAAGUGAAUUGUAAAUGGUCUGGUGGGAAUGGAAGGGUCUUGAGAAAAAAAAAAAUGAGACCCUGUCUCCCCCAGCCUUCCCCAAGGGGCUGGCAGCCUGAAACAUUCUCAGACUGGUAGUUUAAAAUGUAAGAGCAAAAAUCUCCUCUUCCUCAAAGAAAAAGCUGCAUCAUUCGAGUCUUCUCAAACAUUCCAUCUACAGAUGGCCCUAUUCUAAUAGCUCCUAAAACUUGGAGGAACAGAGCUCCCGGAAAGGAAAAAUCUUCCCAACUCCUGUAUUAGGAUAUUGAUUUGCAGCUUUUAUAGGAAUUAGGUUUCAGAUUGGAAAAGGUCCCCGACUGGGUCCUAGACUUUCUGCCUGGAGAGGGAGAUUGGCUUGACUAUACAGGAAAAUAUCCUGUCGUGUUCUUGGUUAGUAAAUGAUAAUAAAAGGAUUCCAUUCAGAGAUCCUCAGCCCAGACGGCAAGGUAGUUGCGCACAAUUCAGCACGGCCCCAGAGCAGAAAACCACCUAUUUGAGGGGAAAAAAUUAGACCCUGCCCUCCCACUUGACCCCGGGCCCUCUCUGAUCCCCGUGGUGCUGCGAGGUGAUGCUGGCCCCCGUUGCCCCAAACGCAGCCCCACUGCGUCCUCUGUAAUUGUAGAACAGGAACUGAAACAUUAGGAGCUCCAUUUGGAAAACAGUUUGCUACUUAGGGAUUUUUUUUCUAAGACUUUUUUGGAGGAGCAGCUUAAGAUGUUUUGAUGACAGUGCCUGGAAUCCGGAGGUGCUGCCGUUCCACUGUUCCGAUCCUGUGUUUAGGCUACCCACUCGAGUUUUCCCAUUUUGCACCGCAGGUGUACCCUAAAAGUGUACUUGGACAGUUGCAUUUAUAAGGGUGGGAGGGUAAUCUGGUUUAAUGGUGCCUGAUCUCUCAAAGUCUUUUUGUACAUAACAUAUAUAUAUAUACAUAUAUAUAUUAUAUAUAUAUAUACACAUAUAUAUAUAUAUAGAUUAUAUCUCAGUGCAGCCAGUGAUUUAGAUUUACAGUUUACUGUGGGGUUAUUUCUCUAUCUAGAGCAUCAUUAUGCUUUAUCAAAGUCCAGUUGGGAUUUUUCCAGAAGGUUCCUGAGUUGAGCUUGGGCCAUGGUCCUUAUGUGGUCACACCUUGUGCAUCCCUAAGCAGCCUUGUUUCCGAAGAAUCUGGAAGGUCUUGCUCACUGAUAACAUGUUGGUUUGAAGAUUCCUUUUAUCUUCCCUGCCCUACCCCCCUUUCUCCAGCUUCCAUUUCUGUACGGAGAGGGCAUUACUUGUUCGUCAUAGACGUGGAUAUGAAGAGAGAUUCAGAACUCAGAGGUAUCGUCAGAAUUUCUCAUUCUUCAGUUCAUUUCCAAUGCCUGUUUGAGCAGAUAGUAGCUAAUUUAAUCCCUACGGGAAAUCCAGCUCACAACGUACAUACUUUAAAUUUCAUUUUUAACAAGGACACCUUUUUUCAGAAAGCGCCAUCAAAUGUAUUCUUCUCUUAGACUUCCAUCGUUUUAAAAUUUGGAAAGUUCAUGUCUCCUGUAACCCUUCAUGUCACCUCAGCCAUCCGUGGCUCUUAAUUUAUUGCACAAAGAAUAUUCACUUCCCCUCAGUUGCAGCGAGUUGCAGAGCAAAAUGUCUUGAAAUUAAAAAGCACUAAUUAGCUUAAAAUGUCACUUUUUUGGUUUUUAUUAUACAAAAACCAUGAAGUAAUUUUUUAUUUGCUAAACCAGAUUUUUGUUCCUUUUUAGCGAUUCAUGUUUAUGAAGAGAGUUGAGUUUAACAAUCCUAGUUUUUAAAAGAAACUAUUUAAUGUAAAAUAUUCUACUUGUCAUUCAGAUAUUAUGUAUAUCUUCUAUGGCCUUUGUUCUGUACUUUUAAUGUACAUAUUUCUGUCUCGUGUGAUUUGUAUAUUUCACUGGUUUUAAAAAACAAACAUCGAAAGGCUUAUGCCAAAUGGAAGAUAGACUAUAAAAUAAAAUGUUACUUGUAUAUUGGUAAGUGGUUUCAGUUGUCCUUCGGAUACUUCAUGUGGAAGUUUUUUGAGGAUUUUACCUAAACCCAACUAUUUGGAAGCUUCAAAAGAUUUCUAUAUGUAAUGGAACAACAAGGUAUUCUCUUUUCCUAUAUAUAUUCCUCAAAAAAAGAACACAUCAAGCAGAUGGCUUAAAGCUGGUUAUAGGAUUGCUCACAUUCUUUUAGCAUUAUGCAUGUAACUUAAUUGUUUUGGAGCAUGUAAUAUCUUAAGAGACAAACUGAAAAGGCACAUGCUUUUAUCCAAGACCUGGAUUUUAGGCCCCCAAAAAAGUAUGUGUGUGUUUACUCCCGCCACUGUCACACCUAUUUGAAGUUACUGUGGACUGCAUGUCUCCUGCCCCUUUGAAAGCAGUUUCAUGAAAAGCCAGCCUCGGUCUGCAGAGAAUGAAAACUCAUUGGAAACUAAAGGUUCGUUGUGUUAAGUGCAAUUAAUACAAGUUCUCGUGUUUUCCGAAAAUGUGCCCUGAAAUCUGGCCCGCACAGCUGAGAUUGAUAUGUUAGUCCUGUGUGUUUUUUUUCUUUCCGGAUAACCUUGUAACAUAUCGAAACCUUUCAAGGAUGCCAAGAAUGCAUUAUUCCACAAAAAAACAGUAGACCAACAUAUAGAGUGUUUAAAAUAGCAUUUCUGGGCAAAUUCAAACGCUUGUGGUUACUAGGACUCACAUCUGUUUCAGUUUUUCCUCCGUUGUAUAUUGACCAGUGUUCUUUAUUGCAAAAACAUAUACUCAAUUUGGAAGCGUCAGCAUAUUUUUUUUCCUUCAUCCUGGAGUGCAUUCAAGAUCUUCCCAAUACAGGAAAAUUAACAAAACAUUUAUAUGUAGGCAGCAGCAAACAGAGCCGUGUUCAAAACAGCAGCUAUGGGUUUAAGUAAAAGGAAGCUUCAAGUCCAGUUUAUCUGUUCAGUUCUUGGAGCUGCUGACCUCCUGUGACCGGCUCUGUAUGUUUUCGUAGCCUACCUGAACCCUUUACUCAUACAAUUUUGCCAAUACUAAUUUUCUAUUUGUUUUUGCAAAACAUUCUUCAAGCCACUGAAAUGACCAACUACGACCCUCUAGAGGGUAAGUACGCUAAGUAAGAGAUGGGUACCGGGCAGCUCCAGGAGACCAUUAGCAAAACCAGUCCCCAAGGACCGAGUGGUCCACAACGGAGAGACAGAAAAGGUACUUAAACCUUGAUGCAGAUAUGUAAUGCAAACGUGCACAGGCCUAAGAUACUACAUUAUCGCUAUAAAGCAUACUUUUAAAAUACUUAUUUUUCCAAGUAUUUUUUAGUCUUCCCUCUCAGUGGAACGGGAACCGCCACCAAACAGAUGCCAUGUUUUGAAAGUGAGAUGAUGAAAUGAGUGUUGAAUAUAGGAAACACUUGGCAAAGUAGGAAUUAAAACUUAGAGAAGGAAUCUUCUAAUUUACCUGUUCGCACAGACUUGACACCUAAGCCUGAUGACUGGAUAAUAUUUUAGUGAAACGCCAUCUUGUCAGUCAACUUUAAAACCUGGAUUUAGAAUGGCAAAAGGUCAGCACAUGGUAUUUUUAAAACAAAUAUGUAUCAAUUGGAAUUUAGAAGAUUUAAUUAAAAUGCUGUCUUAGUAUUUCAAGAGCAAUAAAGGAUGGAGGAAAAUUGCAUCUUAGGCCAGUUUUAUAUGCAGUGUACAAUUUGCUGGGCUAGAAAUGAGAUAAAGAUUAUUUAUUUUUGUUCAUACCAUGUACUUUUCUAUUAAAAUGGUUUUUUAAAUGAAAUUGGUGCAAUCACGUG